GAAGAAUAAUCGGCAGUCAGUGUCGUGAAUUGAGUAAUUAGCAGAUGUUUAAAUUUAGAAAGAAAGAAAAAACAGUCUUGUUGUAUACAUCGCCGCUUUGAAAUAAAAUAUUUUCUACAAUUGAUUGCAACGCUUGAUACACACAUCACUUUAAAUAAAUUAAUUGCCAAUUUUCGAACUUAGACGCGGUUGAUGAAGCAAACCAUUAUGGAACUAUGGCUGAGAACGUCUCUACUUUUAUGCGCCUUUGGAUUUUUUCGCGAACUUAGACCAUCCGAACCGUUUGUCACAGAGUUUCUGUCUGGAGAAUGGAGAAAUAUAACGGUGGACCAAGUCUAUCGGGAAAUCUAUCCUUGGGGAACGUACUCGUAUUUAUCGCUGUUGGUGGUGGUUUUCUUGAUUACCGAUAUGUUAAGAUAUAAGAUUAUUAUUAUCGCUUCGGCUGGAGUUGGCAUUGUACUCUGGUCGCUAUUGCUCUGGACAACCUCCAUUCAGGCAAUAAUCUGUGUUCAAGUUUGCUACGGAUUUUUUAUGGCCUCUGAGGUGGCAUACUAUACGUACAUGUACGCUAAAGUUGACAAAGAGAAAUACCAGCUCGUAACUGGACAUACUCGUUCAGCAAUAUUGGCUGGGAGAUUUCUGAGCGCUGUGCUGGCACAACUGUUAAUCAGCUACUCCUUGAUGGAUGUCCGAGAGCUGAACUAUAUCUCAUUCGGCUCACAAUUCGCUUCAUUGGCUUGUAGUAUAGCACUUCCUUCAGUUGGUGCAAGUCUGUAUUUCUAUUCUACCGUUGAUAGUCGCAAAGCCUUAGCAGCCUCAAAUUCAAACAACCAAUUAGAGGAGUUAAAAGUUGAAAAUGGGAGUGGUGAUGCAUCUCAACCGAAGUUCUCAUGCCAUGGAGCAUUUGAAUUAUUUUGGAUUCAUUUCAAAAUUUCGUAUUCGAAUAAGGUUGUGAUACAAUGGAGCUUUUGGUGGGCAUUGGCGAUGUGCGGUUUUCUUCAGGUGCAAAGUUACGUCCAGUUACUAUGGCAACAGAUCGAUCCUGACAAGGAAAAUCUUUACAAUGGCGCAGCGGAAGGAAUUCUGACCUUAUCUGGAGCGUUAAGUGCGUUCGCUGCAGGACUCUUGAAUAGCAAAAAGUUUAUUCAAUGGGACGUUUGGAUUUUAGCAGGUUGUUCGUUGCUAGAAGGAGGAUUUAUUUUAUGGUCAGCAUUAACACAUAACGUUUGGAUCGCCUAUGUCAUGUACAUUCUUUUCGGUACCGUGUACCAUUUCAUGAUUACAAUGGCAAGCGCUAGCGUAGCAAAGCAGUUGCAUGACGAUAGUUUUGCCUUUAUAUUCGGUAUAAAUACGUUGGUGGCAUUGACAUUCCAGACGAUCUUAACAGUGGUUCUAGUUUCUGAACAAGGAUUUGAGUUAGAUCAGCGCACACAUUACCAAGCACUCAGUGGUUAUUUUUUUGUAUUGGGAGGAAUAUAUGCUGCGACGUCGAUAGGACAAAUUUUGUAUAAAAAGAUUAAAGUGAGAUGAUUGAAACAGA